AUGCCCGUACCCAUGCAGCCUGGAUCCCAUCGGAAUCUCUCUCGUUCGGCCCAAAAUAGAGAAUCCCGUAUCGAUUUGGGAAUGCUUGGGAAUGAACCCGGCUCCAACUCCAAAUCAUCGACUUCUGCAAAUCACCUCCAACAGGUCGCCAGGACAGCGGAAAGGAUCAGCGCAUCAUGGAAAAGACUGUCCCCCAUUAAUGAGACGGGAAGAUCUGUGGACAAAGGCGUUGGAAAGCAGAGUGAAAAGGUCACCGUACCUGAUAUGCGGAAAUCUAGCGAGUUUCCUGCCCGCCAGCCACCCUCUGGCAAGGGAGAGCCGAUUACGAUCCGGCAUGGUUCACCAUGGAAGACGUACGACGAUGGAUAUGAGCUCAUGUUCCAGGACUAUGUCACCGUCGGCACCCGUUUACCGCCGCAUUCAGGCAAAGUUGCCAUCAAAACUUACAACAAACGUGAAGGGCAACGAACUCUCGAGAUGUUGAACACAGUUCGCCACGCGAAAUUUAUAGCCUUGAUCGAUGUUUUCGAGUGGGAUAAGAAGUACUUUGCUGUAUUCGAACAUGUUUUCAUUUCGCUGGAACAAGUGGUCGGUUGUACGGCUUACCCAACGGAACGACAGCUCGUGGCAAUUCUGGCACAGGUGCUGGAAGGUCUGUGUUAUCUGUCUUCCAUUGGACUCCAGCACGGGUCGUUGGUAUGCUCCAACGUACUGCUGAAGCCGAGCGGAGACGUCGUCCUAGCCAACCAAGAGCAUUGUUGCGCCGAAGAGGAACCAAACACGGCUGACGUGAGGGCGGUCGGGUAUAUCGCGACGAAGCUGAUGCAGAAGUAUGUCAACGAGGACGGAUCUAUCGGAAUCGAGAAUUCCAAUCGCUGGCCUGCGAAUUCUCCCUCUGUCAGCUUUUUGUCGAUGACCACUUCUGCAGCAUCCGUGUCGGAAUUGCAACAGGUGAGAAGGCCCUCAAAUCACCAUGACUCCUCCAGGCGCUAA